GGCCACUGAGUUUCUACUUUCAAACAACUAAUUACAAUAACUUACCACAGCUGAUUAGUAGAUCAAAAAUCUACAUCGCAACAACUACCACUAUAUCUAACGCAGAUAUAUUCAUCCGUUACCACUAACCCACCAAAUAAAAGCUUUACACCCAUGUCUUUAAUUUUAGCGAACUUGUUACCACCAAUGACCAAAUCUUGGGCUGACGAAGCCAACGACGAAUUCGAAGAGCAAUCCAUCGAUGAUCUAGCAACUAUAAACUUUGUUGAUACAUCUAAAUUUGACAGAGACACAGUCAUGGGAGAAGCAUAUGAUUUCAGAGAUUAUGAGACUCUUGAUUUCUCUGACGACGAAUAUGCAAUCGAUUCCUACGACUAUGCAUUGAAAUUCGAAAAAGUGUCGAAUGAUGAUAGCGCCGCUGUAGUCACUACUCCUGAUGAGACACUCUUGCCCAAGAACAGAAAGAAAUUAGGUGCAGCCAUGACAUCUAGACUUCCUAGAGCAGUAUCUUCCUCUGCCGAAGAAUCUUACUCGGACACAUUUCUCGAUACCAUUCCUGAAGACGAAGAACCGCAGGAUCAAGAUCAUAGCCAAACUACCGCAGUCACAGAGAUUACUCUUGAUAACUGGCAGGGCGAUGCCUCUGUUGAAGUGGUCAAUCGUGACCCAAGUAUCGAUUCAAAUCAAAGCAUUCCUGAACUGGAUGGCAUGAAUUUCUGGGACACUGAGUCGUGCUACAGUUGUGAUACCGAGAUCGAGGUGGUUGAGGAAGAGGUUCAAAUUGACCACCCAUUGAUGGGAAAAGAUGUCGUUCGCAUUCAGAAGUCCUUCACAACAGUAAAGGCUAGCGACUAUGAAGCUCAUCCUUCAAGAGUCUUCUAUCGUAGCACGGAACCAACAACUUGGGGUUGGACACCAUCAAACUUAAGAUACUGUUUGACAGUCAUCCGCGAAGUAGAAUCUGGAUGAUAUAUUUAGGCUGUGUACAUGGAAGAUGGUAUGUGACGAGAAGCCUUUUUGUCUGGCGCAGUUAUUUUCACCGUUGGAGUUAGAGAUGAACUCCAGUUAAGUAUUUCUGAUUAAUAAGUACAAAGGCCAAUUUUCAAGUUCCUUAGAAUUGGGAGACAGUAACACAGAGACAGAACGACGGCA